AUGUCCCUACUCUACGAAGAUGAUUUUGUCAGCGUAAAUGAAAUGGCCAUAAAAGUGAAGAAUUGCCUGUUCCCAUCCAAAAAGGCUAAAUGCAUCCCAGUUGCAGCCAUUCAAGUCUUGUGGUUUGAGGAACAUGACCGAACAAAAUUUCCAACAAGGAUUUGGGGGAAAUCACAGGCUGAUGUCUACUGGGCUUUGGAUGUAAAGAGAUGCAUUGGAGGACCUAGCCAAAAAUUCAACGUCGUCAUUGAUGUCGGACAAAAAUUCCGCUAUGGGUUCAGUGUUAUAGAUGGUGAAAGUUUCAUGGAAGCUAUGCGUUAUGCUCUUGAUUAUCAUGUAAUUAUUGUUGACAGCAUUAAUCUAUGA